AUGCAUGUGAUAGGUAUUUUAGCUCUGCUAUUGGCCGUGGGCCACACCACUCAAGGAAUUGGUCCGGACGGUCCGAAACCACCACCCAAAGGUCCUUCGCCCAAAGCGAAGUUCGACUGGUGGGAGCGUGGAAAUUUCUAUCAAAUCUAUCCACGAUCGUUUAAGGACUCUGAUGGUGAUGGCAUUGGGGAUCUGAAGGGCAUUACGCAAACGAUCGACUAUCUAAAAGUGAUCGGAAUCGAUGGCGUUUGGCUAUCGCCAAUCUUCAAAUCACCGAUGAACGAUUUCGGGUACGAUAUCUCUGACUUUUACGCCAUCCAGGAGGAGUAUGGUACGAUGGAGGACUUUGAAGCGUUGGCGGCCAAGUGUGCUUCGAUAGGCCUGAAGCUAAUUUUGGACUUUGUGCCGAAUCAUUCGAGUGACGAGCACGAAUACUUUCGCUUGUCGGAGGAGAGCGUUGAGCCUUACCGGGACUACUACAUCUGGCAUUCGGGUGUGUUGGAUGCGAACGGUACACGGCAUCCACCCUCCAACUGGAUCAGUGUGUUUCGGGGCAGCGCCUGGCAGUGGAGUGACAAGCGCCAGCAGUACUAUCUGCACCAGUUCCAGAAGAAACAACCAGAUCUGAACUAUCGUAAUCCAGCGCUGGUGGAGGAGAUGAAGAAUGUGAUGCGAUUCUGGCUGAACAAGGGUAUCGCUGGGUUCCGUAUCGAUGCGUUACCGUAUCUGUACGAAAGUGAAGAAGUGGACGGCCGUUACCGGGACGAACCGCGGUCGGGACUAGUUACUGACGAUCCGGACAAUCCCGCCUAUCUAACGCACACAGAAACGAAAGAUCAACCAGAAACGUACGAUAUGGUGCAUCAGUGGCGUGCGGUGGUCGAUGAGUAUACGGCUCGGGACAAUUUCACCCGUAUCAUUCUGACUGAAGCUUAUACGGCUUUGCAGAACACGACACGGUUCUACGGCACACCGGCAGCACCCGGUGCACAGAUUCCGUUCAAUUUCCAGCUCAUUACGCUACUGACGGCGAACAGUACAGCGAGUGAUUUCGUAAAUGCUGUUCAGAGUUGGCCGAGAGCAAUGCCACCAGCAGCGGUAGCGAACUGGGUGCUUGGAAAUCAUGACAACAGCCGUGUAGCGACCCGACUCGGUGUAGCACGGGCUGAUCUGUACACUAUCGCUCUGCAGACACUGCCGGGCAUAGCGGUGACGUACUACGGUGAAGAGAUAGCAAUGGAAGAUCAGUGGAUCUCGUGGGAAAACACGAUCGAUCCGGCAGCUUGUAAUGCGGAUCCGGAAACCUACACGCUGUACUCGCGUGAUCCGGUCCGCACUCCGUUCCAGUGGAACAACGGUAGGAAUGCUGGUUUCUCCAAUGCAUCACACACCUGGCUACCGGUGGCGGACAACUACAAGGAGGUGAAUGUGGCGGCUCAGUUGCUGGCCCCGCGCAGCCAUCUGAAGACUUUCAUGCAGCUGACCAGCUACCGGAAACGACGGCUGCUAGCGGAGGGUGACUUUAACUUGCAGCUCGUUGGGACGAGCUUAGUGCUGUACAAGAGAGCCGUCCCGAGGGUGGGAUAUGUGGUGGUUGCGUUGAAUUUCGGAGAUGAACCGGUAGAACUUCCACUGUCUGAAGUAUUUCCGAACACAGGUGAGCGUUGGCUGAAGGUGGUCGCUAGCUCACUGCAGGUGGGGAUAACUUCCGGAACGUGGAUCAAUGUACGUUUGUUCAAGCUAGCGGCUAACUCCGGAAUUGUACUAGAGCACCGUACAGGACGCAAUGAUGUAGUGGCUUAG